AUGUUAGUAGAAUUACUACUGAUGUUACACAUGUUAUUUUAGUGAGUUUUCUUGCAGAAUUACAUUAGAAAAAAAUGGUUAUUGUUACUUCAGUUAUUUUUCCAAAUUUUACGAACGUUUAAGUGCAAUGGAUCUGUGCACUAUCUCCAAUUAACCUGCCAGCAUUCAAUCUUCGGAAUAUCACGCUAUUUUGAUACCGUCGUCGAACAAUUCUGAAAGGUUUUCACGAUGGUAGAAGCAGCGACGGUGAUAGUAUACCCUAUUAAAUUAGUCCUACUGACUUUCAACAUUCUAUGUAUGUUGUUCGGAACUAUUUUGUUCGUAUUUAGCGUCAUAUAUUUAAUUUACGGCAAUCAAUUGACUAACCUGAUAAGUCAUUAUUUGUCGAUAAUAUGUAUAUUUUGCAUGAUCGGAGCUAUGAUAAUAUUUAUAAUAGCCUCAGUCGGCGUCGUCGGGGUUCUGAAGAAAAGCAAAGCCCAUCUGCACAUAUACACUACCCUUCUUGUAUGCAUGGCAAUUCUUAAAAUCAUUUUAGGAAUUACUUCAUUCGUUCUGUAUCCUGUAGCCGAUAAACAUUUGAAUAAAGAACUGGCACGUUGGUACAACGACACUCCGACGUACAAGGAGAGCAUCAAGUACAUUCAAGAAGCGUUCGACUGCUGCGGCUCGUUCAAACUAGAAGAGUGGGCGAUAGAAAAACUUCCUAAAUCGUGCUGUCCCCCCAAAACUGAAGUCUGUAACCGUACUUCGGCGUAUCAGACACCAUGCUACCAAGGCAUUGUUAAAACAGUGAAUAACUAUUUCAUCGUAAUUGGCGCUUUAUGUUUUUUAGUGCUGGCCGUCGAAGGACUUUGCACUAUUUUCGCAUGUUUAAUAAUCUGUAGCUUCGGGGAAGAAGAUUAUCGACGUUCUACUAUACACAUAGUUCGUGAUCACCCACCGCCACCAUUGCCGGCUGCUUAGAUGGAGAUAUAUUUUGUUAUUAAACUGUUAUUUCUCACUACAUUUAAAA